AUGCUUUCUGUGCUUUUUCGCCUGCUGUUUGAUUUUCUUACGUAUCUAAGCAGCGGCAUUUGGACGCGGGAAGCGGUUUUUAAAGUCUUCAAGGCGAUUGUGGCUGGCGCGGCACUGAUUUGGGAUCGGUACAUCAUAUCCACGGAUAUCAGAAAGAAAAUGUGGCUGAAGUACAGCCGAGGGAGCGAGAAGCCCUAUCCUCACACCCUGUGGUGGAUUUUCUGCGGUAUGCCCAACUCUGUCAACGAGAAUGGCAAGCUUACUGGGUUGAUUACUAUGAUGCCCGGAUUACCAAUAUGGAAUUGCAUCAAGUCUUCAAAGCAAUGCCGUAUCGGCUUCUUCGGCGCCACGGCGGCUGGACUCUUUCAUGCCUUGUGCCGGCUGGAUACCACUGCAUCUUGUACGCAUCCAACCCCUUCUGGGGUUCCAAUAUCUCUGGAACCUACUCAAAUUCUGAACAAAACAAGUGAUCCACGGGCCAGAACUAACCCAGCUCCUCCUUGCCCGGGGCAUUUCGCCCUCCACCCUCUCAUUGUAUUAACCCUAAUCGGAAGCUCAGUCUCCGACUUCCCCCCCAUCAAGGCCACUCUCUCCUGCCCUCCCGCCCCAAAUCACUGA